AUGAAUGUAAAUGAGAAAGCAAUAUACAGCAUCGUCGAGGAAUUAAUAGAUUCCUGCGUUAUGGACGAUAUACUUAGUGUUCACAGAUCUAUUAAGUUAGAUUAUUCCCACCUAUUACUUACCGACGCUAAAAAUGCUUUAAAUGGCGAAAAUGAAUCAGCCAACUUCAAUUCUUUUCCUAAAUCCGAGUCGGGUGCCAGAAGCUCAACAGUUUUUGUCCACUGUGCGAGAUGUACUUCAAAGGUCGCAGCUACGAGAUAUGCAUCUCAUCUCUCGAACUGUAUGGGACUGGGACGCAAUAGCUCCAGGCGCGCUAAUAGACUCAUUGCUGAACAGCGACGCUUUGAAGACUCGGAUGAUGUAGAAGAGGCAUACUAUCUUGAAAAUAGUCCUAUGUCUCUCUCCGGCCAUAAGACCGAAUCUUCGCUGAAUAAUUUCCCUAAAACUUCAAGUUACCCAUCUCGGAGUUCGAAGUCGAACUUGAGGCUUUCUGGAAUAGCGUCAAAGUCAUCUAAUGGACGUAACUGUAACAGCAUUCCUGGGGAAUCUACUUUAGAAAAGGCAGAUUCCUUCGAAAGCGUUUCAUUUUCUUGUGGAGACGAUGAUGAAAGUAAUUCUUCCGAAGCUCCUCGACGUUCCGGUUCCUCGCGAAAUCGUCGACACCAGAAGUCUCAUGUGUAA